AAUUCUCAUCCAACAAAAAAAAAUGAACACUCAUCUUUUCAGAAAAUGGCAGCAAGAGCUCAACUCCCGCACGCAAUUCUCCGGCCAAUUUCCGGCGUAUCCCCAAUUUCUCGGCGACAUUUCACCAGAAUUACCUUCCCGUCAUCAUUUCCCAAACACCCAAUUCACAAAACCCAAAAAAAGCUGGAAAUUUCCAAGUGGGCAAUUAAGCUAAGUUUACAAGUAGAACAGAGUGAAAGCUCCCCAAAAUCAACGGUGGAUGUUCAACGAAUGGUUGAUUUCUUGUAUGAAGAUUUGCCUCAUUUGUUUGAUGAUCAAGGGAUUGAUCGGACGGCUUACGAUAAGCGUGUGAUGUUCAGGGAUCCCAUUACUAAGCAUGAUACUAUUUCUGGGUAUUUGUUGAAUAUUGUUCUUUUGAAGCAGCUCUUUAGGCCUGAUUUUCAGCUACAUUGGGCUAAGCAGACAGGGCCGUAUGAGAUAACUACAAGAUGGACUAUGGUGAUGACAUUUGUUCUUUUGCCGUGGAAACCAGAAUUGGUCUUCACCGGAACUUCAGUAAUGGGCAUUAACCCUGAAACAGGAAAAUUCUGUAGUCAUGUGGAUUACUGGGAUUCUAUAAAGGCGAAUGACUAUUUUUCGGUAGAAGGCUUAUGGGACGUGUUUAGACAGCUUCGGUUGUACAAGACACCAGACUUGGAAAAACCUGAAUAUCAGAUACUGAAAAGAGCUGCAGACUAUGAGGUAAGAAGGUAUUCCCCGUUUUUGGUUGUAGAAACUCAGGGUGACAAGCUUUCUGGAUCAACUGGCUUCAAUUCCGUUGCUGGUUACAUAUUUGGAAAGAACUCCAAAGAAGAGAAGAUACCUAUGACUACCCCUGUCUUCACUGAGACCAAUGAUGUUGGACAGUCGAAAGUGGCCAUUCAGAUAGUCCUUCCACAAGACAAAGACCUCGAAAGUUUGCCUGACCCUAAUCAAGACACGAUCAGCCUGAGGAAGGUAGAAGGAGGUAUUGCUGCAGUACUGAAAUUCAGCGGAAAACCUACAGAGGACAUUGUCAGACAAAAAGAAAAAGAACUUCGCGAUAGUCUAAUUAGGGAUGGCCUCGUACCAAGAAAAGGGUGCCUGUUUGCUCGCUACAAUGAUCCAGGCCGAACCUGGGAGUUCAUUAUGAGGAAUGAGGUGCUGAUAUGGCUUGAAGAUUUUAGUUUAGAGUAGAAAUACUUGAAAUUCAAGUUCUUGGAGUGGAACUUCUGUAUAUUGCCAUUUCCAUGUUUGUUCGAGGUUGCUUUCUGGAAGCUGAAACCCGGAAACUAUAUGGAUUGGCAAUGGUAGAUACACGAAAAAUGUGUACAUACAGUACUUCAUGAUAUUCUAGGCAAAAGGUGAUGCCAACAUGCCAUACAUAGAAUGUACGAAAACUUGACAUGCCUUCUUGCACGAUUGAACCCUAGUUUAUCAAUACAAGCAAGAAUAUCAAAUGAUUGGUCCUGAUCUUAAA